AUCGAAUCUCAGUACUAACCAUAAACAAAAGUUGACCGGUAAUCGUUUCGCUCGCAAUACGUAUCUGCUGCUAACAAGAAUGCCCUCUGCUGCGCCUUUCAUGGCCCUCCUCGUGAAAACCGUGCUUUUGUUCGCCUUCAUACCGUUUGUUGUGUCGUCGUCUUCAACCCAAUGCCGUAUCUUACCUACAGACGACCUUUGGCCAGCAAAACAAGAAUGGGACUCGUUUAAUCGUUCUAUAGACGGUCGCCUCAUUCAGACAAUCCCGAUUGGAACACCUUGCCAUGACCCUGACUUUAACCAGGAGAAAUGUAAUAUAGUCCGGGCUAGCUGGACUACGCCUGAUUUCCAUCAGACAAAUCCAUCCUCGGUCAUGGACCCAUUGUUUCUGAACGACAGCUGCAGUCCUUUCACUCCUCGGGAGUCUCCAUGUGAAAUCGGUGCAUACGUCCAAUACGCAGUCAAUGUCUCCCUGCCCGAACAUGUCAUAAAGACUGUCCAAUUCGUCAAGCAGCACAAUGUCCGUUUUGUAGUCAAAAAUACAGGACAUGACUACAUGGGAAGAUCCACAGGAACAGGCGCAGUCUCCGUGUGGAUGCACAACCUCCAGAACAUCAUAUGGUUUCCCAAUUUCAAGUCCUCUACCUAUUCUGGGCCAGCCGUCAAGGCAUACGCAGGAGUUCGCGGCAUUGAUUUAGCAACAUUUGUGGAUAAAAGAGGUCACACUGUCGUGAGCGGUGAAUGUCCGACCGUUGGCUUUACAGGAGGGUAUAUACAAGGUGCCGGACAUUCCGCCCUCACGAACCUCUAUGGACUGGCUGCCGAUCAAGCACUCGAAUUCGAGGUAAUCACAACACAAGGACAAUACCUCAUUGCCUCAGCAACUCAGAACAAAGACCUUUUCUGGGCUUUGAGCGGCGGUGGAGGAGGAACCUAUGCUAUUGUGUGGUCUGUCACAGUAAAAGCUCAUCCAGACACCUCUGUUUCUGCCGGUUUCCUCAAUUUCACUUCGACCGGUAUAUCCCCCAACGUGUACUGGGAAGCCAUUCACGCAUAUCAAGCUCUCAUUCCCGGUCUCACCGAUUCCAAACUCUGGGCGAUAGCUACCUACUCGACUACAUUUUUCAACAUCAAUCCUAUCUUCGCUCCCAACAAGAAUAUCAGUGAGGUCACGACAUUUUUUCAACCUCUUGUACAUUCUCUGCAAAACCUGGGUAUCAACUACACUUUCUCCAUCGCCUCGUAUCCCAGCUACCUCGAAGCAUACAAAGCUAUGGAUGCCUGGCAAAAUAUCCCGGUUGCCAUCAAUGUCAUGGGCGGCCGAUUGAUUCCUAGAGCCGUUUGGAAUGACAACAGCACGUUCAGUGCUUGGAAGGAUGUUGUCCGCAACCUCAUCGAGUCUACUGGUGACCUCGCUGCAGAAAUUGCUAUGAGACCAACCUUGCAGAUCUCCGGUCAUCCAGAAAACGCUGUCCUUCCUGCGUGGAGGGAAGCACAAACCAUGUUUUUGCCGACAAUGUGAGUGAUGCCUUGGUUCUAUCGUUGUGCCGGUGGUUUCAAGGACUUCCAAUCCAAGAGGUUUUGAUGUCGCUACACCUU